AUGUCCGAUAUCACCAGAGAGACGCCUCACAUCCACGAAAUAAGUUAUCGAGCUCCCUCAGCACACAGCAUCCCCAGGUUCGUCCCUGGGUUCGUCCCAAGGUUCGUCUCCGGCUUCGCCCAAGGUUCGUCUCCAGGUUCGACUCAAGGUUCGUCUCUAGCUUCGUCCCAAGGUUCGUCUCUAGGUUCGUCCCAAGGUUCGUCUCGAGCUUCGUCCCCGGGUUCGCCCAAGGUUCGUCUCCAGGUUCGUCCCAAGGUUCGUCUCAAGGUUCGUCCCAAGGUUCGUCUCGAGCUUCGUCCCCGGGUUCGCCCAAGGUUCGUCUCCAGGUUCGUCCCAAGGUUCGUCUCUAGCUUCGUCCCAAGGUUCGUCUCUAGGUUCGUCCCAAGGUUCGUCUCUAGGUUCGUCCCAAGGUUCGUCUCGAGCUUCGUCGCCGGGUUCGCCCAAGGUUCGUCUCCAGGUUCGACUCAAGGUUCGUCUCUAGCUUCGUCCCAAGGUUCGUCUCCAGGUUCGUCUCGAGCUUCGUCUCGAGCUUCGUCGCCGGGUUCGCCCAAGGUUCGUCUCCAGGUUCGUCCCAAGGUUCGCCCAAGGUUCGUCUCUAGGCUCGUCCCCGGGUUCGCCCAAGGUUCGUCUCCAGGUUCGUCCCAAGGUUCGACUCAAGGUUCGUCUCUAGCUUCGUCCCAAGGUUCGACUCAAGGUUCGUCUCUAGCUUCGUCCCAAGGUUCGUCUCCGGGUUCGUCCCAGGGUUGUCUCCAGGUUCGUCCCCGGCUUCGUCUCAGCAGCAGAAACUAGAGAUGCACCGACCCAACUUUCUCUCUCCCGCUACUAAUUAAUUAAAUCAGUAUUAACGAAAUGAAUUAUUAACAUCUAAUGUUGAUGACUCAGAUCUAAUGUGGAUCAAUGGUGUCCAAAAUCUACCACACUGAACAAGAACUGUAUCUGCACGACUCCAGGUUCAUUCUCUGCACUGGGUAUAAUAAUCUACACACAUUCCUUCCUGCAUAUUAAAUCCCAGCUGAGUGAUUAUAGUCUAGUUUAUAAAAGUAUAAAUACUUCAGCAUGAUUUCUUCAAGGGUUUGGGGAGACGACGUCUCUCGGUGAAUAAUCAGCUUCAUGACAGCAGUUAUGAUCCGGACUCAGUGGAGACAGGCAAAGCUGGACUCACAGUGUGAUACAGACUCCAACAUGUCAGCUGACUGCGUUCGUUUAAAAUAAAAGUCCAGACAGACGAUUCGGUCUUUGUGAUUUCAGGAAAACUAAUUAAGAAUCAGAGAGUGACGACGAAGCUGUGGGAGUGUAAUCUGAACCAGGAUCAGUCUCAGCAGACCUCUGUCCUGUCCGACUGUUUUAGUGUGAAAACCAAGCUCUUAUUUUGGUGACUUCCUGAAACGGUAACAUCUCCUUCAGCGACGGGACAGCGUCAGAGGACAGGAGGUGAGGCCUGCAGAGGCUGAUCUGGGGUCAGAGGUCAGGUGAUGUGAGGCUGAUCUGGGGUCAGAGGUCAGGUGAUGGAGGGUUUCAGAGGAGCAGGUUGAGGUCGGCCAGCAGAGCGUCCACGUCAG